AUGAUAUGUGUGGACAAUGAGCCGUUCAAUAUGGUUAAACGUUCAGGGUUCAAUAAACUUAUGUCAUUUGUCAAACCACAGUACAAAAUGCCUGGUCGAAAAUAUUUCACAGAAACUGUUAUUCCUCAAAUGUAUACUGAAUUAAAGACAAAAAUAAUGAGUACAUUGGAAACGGUUACUGCUGUGUCACUUAAUUCUGAUAUCUGGACUUGCAGCCAUAACAAUGAAAGUUUUAUUAGUUUUACAAGUCACUGGAUCUCUGACGAUUUUAAACAACAGCAUUGUACCUUAAAUGUAAGGCAUUUUCCCGGAAGACACACUGGUUUUGCUAUUAAAAAUAUUUUAGAAAAACUAUUAAAUGAAUGGAAUUUGGCGGGCAAGAUUCAUUUAUUAAUAUAUGAUAAUGGUGCUAAAAUGAAAAAGGGAGUUGAUGAUGCAUCACUAGAUAGCUUUGGUUGUUUUUUGCACACAAUUCAUCUUUUUGUAACAGAGUCUAUAAAAAAUCAGAAAUCAGUCCAAGAUCUCUUAGUUCGUCCCAGAAAAGUUUCUUCUCAUUUCCAUCAUUCAUCAUCAGCUACUGAUAAACUGAAAUUAAUACAAAUUUAUCAAGGAAUUCAACUUAAGAUGAUUCAAGAUAUUUGCAAGUCGCUGCGUGAAGUACCUAGGGGUACACUUCGAUUCUAG